AUGGCGGGUACAUUAGUUUUAGGUAAAAGUGCAUUUAAACUACUUGAUGAAAUCGGUUCAGGCACAUAUGCAAAAGUUUACAAAGCAAUCGAUUAUCAACAUCAACGAGAAGUUGCUAUUAAAUGCAUGCUACUCGACAGCGAACGCUACGGUCUUCUUUGUGUUGUCAUACGUGAAAUAAACCUUCUUCUUGAACUAAAACAUCCGAAUAUCGUUCAUCUUUAUGAUAUUAUUCGACGUGAUAAUGAGAUUUAUCUCAUAUUUGAGUACAUGAACAUCGAUUUGUACCAGUACAUGUUACGUCAUCCACGACCAUUAAGUGACAUUCAAGCAAAAGUGUAUUUCUAUCAAUUAUUGAACGGUUUAGAUUUUUGUCAUACAAAUAAAAUUUUCCAUCGAGACCUGAAACCGCAAAACUUGUUGCUAGACACAAAUGGUACAUUGAAAAUCGCGGAUUUUGGAUUAGCAAGAGACGCAACGAUACCAAAUCGUGCUUAUUCCAAAGAUAUUGUAACCUUAUGGUACCGUCCACCAGAAAUCUUAUUAGGAAGCGAUGUUUAUUCAAGUGCUGUUGAUAUCUGGAGUGCUGGUUGUAUAUUUGCGGAAAUGUUACGUACCGCUCCACUGUUCAAAGGCGAUUGUGAAAUUUCACAAUUGUUCUGUAUUUUUCAUGUUUUAGGAACACCGAACGAAAAACUAUGGCCUGGUGUGACACUAUUACCACAUUAUACAUGUGAUUUUCCUCAAUGGCAACCGACUUGUUCGCUUGGGAAAUACCUUCAAUUAACAAAUCAUCAAGCUGUCGAUAUUCUCUCACGUUGUUUAAUCUAUCCGUCUGAACAACGUUUGACCGCUAAACAAGCUCUACAACAUUCAUAUUUUGUUCAAGAAGACGAAUCAACGUCUUGA